AAGAGCCACGACUCGUGCGACGCGUGUGGGCAGCCCGGGCAGUUCAUUCUCUGCGACCGGUGUCCGCGCGUGUUCCACUUUCUGUGCGCCGAGCCGCCGGUGGCAUUUGAGAGCCUGGCGACAAUGGACAAAUGGUUCUGCCGCGAGUGCUCGUUCCGGGAAUCGCGGAAGCGCAAGUCGCGGGCGCACGCAAAGAACAUAUUCUACCCAUUGAUCUCCAGCAUGGAGUACAUCAACCCGCGGGCGUUUGCAGUGCCAGAGGAGAUCCGGCGGCAGUUCGACGGGAUCGAGGCAGACGCUGACGGGACGUUUGUGAAUACGCGGGAGGAGCGGGCGCAGCGG